AUGAUGAGCAAUUACCCGGACGGCGAGGAAGACACAGUGGCGCUACUGGCUCAUGACACCAGCGGCAGCAAGGAGCCGGAGCGAGUCAAGGAGGAGCUGAGCACGGACAAGGGCCCCGAGAAGCCGGACCCCUCGCAGAAGCCCCCCUACUCCUACGUGGCCCUAAUCGCCAUGGCCAUCCGGGAGAGCGCUGAGAAGAGGCUCACGCUGUCUGGAAUCUACCAGUACAUCAUCAGCAAGUUCCCUUUCUACGAGAAGAACAAGAAGGGCUGGCAGAACAGCAUCCGCCACAACCUCAGCCUCAACGAGUGCUUCAUCAAGGUGCCCCGGGAGGGCGGCGGCGAGCGCAAGGGCAACUACUGGACCCUGGACCCCGCCUGCGAGGACAUGUUCGAGAAAGGCAACUACCGCAGGAGACGAAGGAUGAAACGGCCUUUCCGGCCGCCUCCGACCCACUUCCAGCCUGGCAAGACCCUCUUCAGCCCAGACAGCUAUGGCUACCUGUCCCCGCCCAAGUACUUGCAGUCCACCUUCAUGAACAACUCGUGGCCGCUGGCGCAGCCCCCCGCGCCCAUGCCCUACACCUCCUGCCAGAUGUCUGGCGGGAACGUCAGCCCCGUCAAUGUGAAAGGACUCUCGGGCCCGGCGUCCUACAACCCCUACUCGCGGGUGCAGAGCAUGGCGCUGCCCAGCAUGGUGAACUCCUACAACGGCAUGGGCCACCACCACCACCACCCGCACGCCCACCACCCGCAGCAGCUCAGCCCCACCAGCCCCGCGCCGCCGGCGGCCCCGGCGGCGAACGGAGCCGGCCUCCAGUUUGCCUGCGCCCGUCAGCCCACCGAGCUGUCCAUGAUGCACUGUUCCUACUGGGAGCACGACAGCAAACACAGCGCCCUACACUCCCGCAUAGACAUCUAGGGAGGCUCCGGCCGGCCGCCGUCACAGAAACGCACCGGCCCCGCUGCUCCUCUCCCAUCCCGCCGCGUUCCCCUGUGCUCUCGUGUCUCUUCUCGUCCCUUAGCUGCAGACUUUCCUCUCUCUCUGCCCAGACUGUCGCAGUGGGUAAAUAGCAGCCUCGCCUCGGGUGUAGUGUCAGUGCAGGAGCCGUCCGGCCAUGAGAAGAAGGCAGUGUAAAUGUGGGAGCUUCCCCGCGGGGCUGCGCCGGGCGUCGGCGGCCGGGCCGCCUGUCUCCGAGCGAGUGGGGAUUCACCGAGUGUUUCUCUGCUUGUGUGUGUGUGUGUGUGUUUGUUUGUGAGUUGUUAGUUUUGGUUUGGUUUUGGUUUGUUUGGGGUUUUUUUUUGGUGGGGCAGGGGAGCAUGUAAUUAAAAAAUAAGCUGUUUAGCCCUCAAAAUUAUGCUCCUUUGCAAUUCGGCCGUAAUCUUUUCGGGCUCGGCCUUGAGGAGAGUAAAGUGGAACUUGUAAAUAGCGGAGGCAUUUUCACGCGUGCGGUGCAGGGCUGACGGGGCCUAUACACCACUGUGUGCCCGCGGUGCUCGUCCUCCUCCUUCUCUUCGCGUUUUCUGUCUUCUUCCUCGCUCUGCAAAGCACUGCGCUUCUUCCGAGCUGUGCCUUUUCGUUAAAAUAGUACUUAACGUGGGGACUGCUGUAACAGCAGAUGUGCGAUAUUGCUGGUUAACACAAACCAAAAAACAAAACCUGUCAGAUCACUCCUGAAACGUUUCAGCAGUGGGAAAUGUAUUUUUUAAAGGAGACAGUGUCCUCUGAGGUCUUAAAAGUAAUUUUAUA